AUGGUCGUAAAAGACAAGAUAAGAAGGACCUAUGGCUCACAUCACGUUGGGCUGAACAUGGCAUUUGCCAGCGAACCAGACUUUAUCUGCUUAGAUAAGGCUACGAAUACUUCCUAUGAGGACAAGAUAGAUGAGCUGAUCCAGGAGCAGAAGGCAAAUCCAUAUAGGUUUCUGCCUGGUAAAGAAAGAUAUUAUCUGUUGAAAACUAAAACCAGGAUACAAGAGAGAGCCUCCACUGUCCAACCAGAGCUUGUGAACGUCCUCCCAAAGGAGAAACAGAAACAAGAGGAUGCAGACAAGCAUUCUCAUCAUCAGGAUAUUUCCUUGCAGGAAGCUGAGGAAGAACUUAAUAAGUUACCUCAAAAAGUGGAUGGAACUGCCACAGUUACCAGUCAGAUACUAUUAGCUGUGGCUAGCCUGACAGAUACAGACAGAAACAGUAUCCAGGCAGCUGCAGCUAUGUUGAAUUCAGUCCUGAAGAAAGAGAGGAAUAAACUGAGAGGAAAGGUACCAGAAAUCAUUGAGAUUAUUUAUUUCCACCUGUGUGCUAUCCAGGAACCUAGAGCAAGAGAAGCAGCCAUAGGGGCUGUGUGCCUUCUGGCUGAAAAACAUACAGAUGAAGCCAUUUCAAGUCUUCUGGGGCUCUCACAGAUUUGUGACAGGCAUGUCACUCAAAUUUGGGAAGCUCUGGGCCAAGCUAAAGAGCCUGUCAGACUCCAGGUUCUUGCAAAACUUCUUGAAGUGCUGAAAAGAAAACCUCGCCUCAGCAGUGAAUGCCCCAACUCGGACUCAAAGUUCACAGAUAAUUCCUCCUUACUACCUUUAGCAGCAACAAAGGCCCUGUGCAUAAUAUUUAGAGAUAAAAAGAGCAAAAUCCCUAUGAACACCUUUUAUGUAUCUGUGAUCAUUUUUCUGGUGAUUCAGCUGCAUUACUUGAUGAACUAUUCAGAUACUGAAUGUGGACAGGAGGAUAUACUCAAAACAUCAAGCUAUAUAAGCUGUACCAUGGAAGCUUUAAAAGCCUUAGUCAAAAGGGAGAAGACUCCUCAGACGUGUUUUACGAGUCUAACGGGGAGCUGGGACCUUCUGUCUUCGCCAGAGAAUUACCUUGAAGGAGUUCUCCUCCUCGCCAGAGCCCUUGUCAAACACCAUCGUGGGCUUGAUUAUGCUGUAUUUACCAAGGUGAUACCACUUCUCCAUCAUGGCGAUGAAAAACAGAAGCUAACAGCAAUGGCCUUUUUCAGUGCACUUCUUUCUUCUGAGUCCACAUACGCAGUGCUACAAAAACAUUACAUCCUGGGCCUAUUAAAGAACUGGCAGAGUGAUUCAAAUUCAACCUACCGCUGGCUCAGUCUCCAUGGGAUGGGUAAUGUAGCUCGUCAUCAGCAAAAUAAGAAAGAAAUCACAACCCUAAUUCAGAGUAUCCUUCAGAGUUUCAACGACCCUGAUGAGAAGGUGACCUUGACAGCUAUUGAGGUUAUAACCAAGAUUGUGGCACAACACAAGAACAAUGUCAACAUAUUUGUGAAGAUUGCCAAGCAGCUUCAACCAUUGUUGGCCGAUGAAAGGAGCAAAGUCUGCUGUGCUGCAAAUAGGUUGUUUCAAGAUGUGCUUAAGAACAUAGAUGGGAAAGAGAAAUCCCCUUUGCAGGACCAGGUUCUCGCCAGUAUUGUGACAUUGAUACUGAAUCUGCAAGAUUCGCAUCUGGAUGUGGCUAAGUGUCGUAGAGACAGCUUAAAAGAGUGCAAAAUCUUCUUGGGGUGGACUUCAAAUGACAACCAGGACUCUUGGAACACGAUUUGCAAGCACCUUGUUAAGGAGCACCCAGGAAAAGUGCGGAGCUUUCUGGACCAGGCACGGGACCAUAGCCAAAGCCCACAAAAGUCUUCAACAGUUGCAGCCACCAUGUUCAUAGAUUCCAUCUUGCAGCUCAUGGAAUCCAGUCCUGUACCAAAACCAGAAGUGGACCUCUUGAGGAAAGCUUUCAGCUCUUUUCCAUCAGAAAAACAGUGUCCCGUCCCUGUGGUUCUGGAACCAAAGAAAGUACACAGGUAUUGCCCAGAUCUAUUCAGAUGUUCCCGCUAUUUCCCAAGAUCCUGUAUUUGAUGCCUGUAUCCGAAGCUAAUAUCCAUCUGAAUAAAGAACACUG